UCCAGCAGCUUAUCGGAUUAAGAUAAGAAGUACGCUAACUACAAAUGAAUAUGAGUUUCGAUCAAGUUUCAACUCUGUUGCGUGUACACACUACACACACUUGCUCUACAAAGGAAGUGAGGCCUGAGGGGAAGAGCAAUGGCUGAGUUAUCAGUUCCCCCUCUCUGCCUGUUAUUCCUUCCUCUGCUCGUCGUCGUCCCACUGCUCUACUUCCUCCGCCCGUCACACCGGCACCAUGGAAGAAUCCGGCAGCGUCUGCCGCCGUCGCCGUGGGCGCUCCCGGUCAUCGGUCACCUCCACCACGUGGCCGGCGCGCUCCCGCACCGCGCGAUGCGAGACCUGUCGCGCCGCCUCGGCGCCCCGCUGAUGCUGCUCCGCCUCUGCGAGCUCCGAGUCAUCGUCGCCUCGUCGGCGGACGCCGCGCGGGAGAUCAUGAAGGCCCAGGACCUGGCCUUCUGCUCGCGGCCCAUGACGCCGACGGGGAAGGCCCUCCUGGGCGACAGCCCGGGCCUCGUCUUCGCGCCCUACGGCGACGCGUGGCGCCAGCUCCGCAAGAUCUGCGCCCUCGAGCUCUUCACCGCCCGCCGCGUCAGGUCCUUCCGCCCCGUCCGCGAGGAGGAGGUCGCGCGGCUUCUCCGGUCGCUGCUGACUUCGUCCCCGGAGACGGAGACGAAGGCGAAGGCGGUGAACCUGAGCGAGCGGGUCGCGGCGUACGUGGCGGACUCGGCGGUGCGCGCGGUGAUCGGCAGCCGGUUCGAGAACCGGGGCGCGUUCCUGCGGAUGCUGGAGCGGAGGAUGAAGCUGGUCCCGGCGCGCUGCCUGCCGGACCUAUUCCCGUCGUCGCGGCUGGCGUUGCUCGUCAGCCGGAUGCCGCGCCAGAUGAAGCGGGAGCGCCGGGAGAUGAUGGACUUCAUUGACACCAUCGUCCUCGAGCAUCAGGAGAACAGGGCCGCCACCGGUGACGACGAAGACUUUCUCGAUGUGCUCCUGCGGAUCCAGCGGGAGGGCAAGCUCGAUCAUCCCCUUACCGCGGACGACAUCAAGACCGUCAUCGUCGACAUCUUCGUGGCGAGCAGCGAGACGUCGGCGACGGCGCUGCAGUGGGCCAUGGCGGAGCUGAUCCGAAACCCGAGAGUGAUGCGCAAGGCGCAGGAGGAGGUCCGGCGAGUCCUCCACGGACAUGGCAGCAGGGUCACGGAGGACAGCCUGGGCGACCUGCGCUACUUGGGACUCGUGAUCAAGGAGGUGCUCCGGCUGCACCCGCCGGCUUCGAUGCUGCUCCCGCGGGAGUGCCGGACACCGUGCCAGGUCCUCGGCUUCGACGUGCCGGCAGGCGCCAUGGUGCUCGUCAACGCGUGGGCGAUCGGCAGGGACCCCAGGCACUGGGACGAGCCCGAGGAGUUCUGGCCGGAGAGGUUCGAGGGCGAUGGUGCCGUCGACUUCAAGGGGACGGACUUCGAGUACAUUCCGUUCGGCGCCGGCCGGCGGAUGUGUCCCGGGAUGGCGUUCGGGCUGGCCAACAUGGAGCUCGCCCUCGCCAGUCUUCUCUACCACUUCGACUGGGAGCUGCCGGACGGGACGGAACCCCAGGGCCUCGACAUGACGGAGUUGCUGGGGCUCACCACGCGACGCCGCUCUGACCUCUUCCUCGUUCCGUCUCAGGAUCGACCGUGCCCCUGAGAACCAAGACUCGAUCCGUUUUUUCUGGGCCAAAUCGUUAUUUCUUCCCUCCCUCCGACUGGGCCUCUUGCCUCUCUUCGUUCAAAGAUGGUGCCAAGACUGCUCUGCUCGCUGGCUAGUUUCAGUCUUUCUGUGCCCUAAGGGCUUCUCCACGUACCUUUUCCUCCUUUUGUCUUUGCUCCCCCCCUCUUCACCUGUAACCUGUAUUUAUCAAUCUAUAUAUAUUGCCAGAAUCUUUCCAGACA